AGAGAGAGAGAGAGAAGGGGUACACAAGUAUCCAGUCCAGUGAUUCACGUUUUGUAGCUGUGCAAGUUACAGCAAAAGCCCGCGGUACUGAGGUUACUGACAGAGGUGUUUAGGUGAUCAAGCGAGAAAUCAAACGGUCCGUUUUAAGGACCAGGAAGACAGAGGGUUUGUACACUUGAAGAAAAGGCGCUAAUUGAAAACUGGAAGGAUGAUCGCGACCACGCAACAAAAUAUGACCACAGACCUGGACCUGGGAAGUACAGGGGGUCCCCCGCGGAACUGGAAGGGCAUCGGGAUCGCGAUGGUGGUGAUCCUGGCGGUCCUGUCUCUGGUCAUCCUCUCCAUCGUCCUGCUGACCCCUGACGAGUCCCACAUCUUACAGCUAUCCCCUCUGACUGUGGAGGACUUGGAGCGUGAGGUGUUCAAAGUUCAUGAGCCGUGUGCAACCUGGCUAAAUGAGAACGAGGUGGUACUGCGGAACAGGGCAGGUCACGUGCUCAAGCACAGCCUCCACCUCAACCUCAGCACCACUCUACUGGACAACAGCACCAUUGACCUGAAAGCUGUAAAGGUCCGGGUCUCUGCUGACCAGAGGUUCAUUUUACUGGCAUACAACAUGCACCCGGUGUUCUCACAGUCCUACACAGCCUCCUAUGCCAUCUACAAUGUGGGCACCGGGGAGUUGUCGACACUCAACCCCCCGGAGGUGGAGGCUGCGGAGUUGCAGUAUGCAGCCUGGGGACCCCAAGGGAACCAGCUGGCCUAUGUUUUUGAAAACAACAUCUUCUACCAAUCGGAGGUGUCCAGCAGUGGCCUGCGGCUUACCUCCACAGGCAGGGAGGGGCUGGUUGUCAACGGGGUCACUGACUGGAUCUAUGGGGAGGAAGUGCUGCAGACAUAUCCUGCUCACUGGUGGUCUGGAGAUGGUGCGAGAUUGGCUUACCUCACCAUCAACAACUCAGCCACGCCCUUUAUGGAGAUACAUCACUUCCUUGGAGGGGCUUAUCCCUCCAACAUGUUCUACCCUUACCCCAAGGCUGGCACCAAUAUCCCUAUAGUGAGCCUCUUUGUUGUGAAUCUCUAUGGGCCAGCACAUACUUUGGAGAUGAUUCCCCCAGACUCCUUCAGAACAAGGAACUACUACAUAUCCAUGGUGAAAUGGAUCAGCAGCACUCAGCUUGUGGUGCGCUGGUUAAACCGGCCCCAGAACCAAUCAGUGCUCUCCGUGUGCGAGGCCACAACCGGGGCGUGUUUAGAGAAACACAAAAUGGCCAUGGACGUCUGGCAGGACCAGCGACAGGAGGAGCCGCUGUUUGCUGGAGACGGCUCUAUGUUCUACCUGACUCUACCUGCCAAGCAAGGUGCUCGCGGAGAAUUCCAGCACAUCGCUGCUCUGCCCAUCCAGCCUGCGGUGCCCUCUGUCCCUCCUCGAUUCCUGACGUCGGGAAACUGGGACGUCACGACGCUCUGUGCCCUGGACGAGGAAAGUGGGAAAAUAUAUUUCCUUAGCACUGAGGAAUCCAGACAAAGCAGACACUUAUACAGCGCAGACAUUGGGGGAGUAUUCCAGCGACAAUGCCUUACCUGCAAUCUCAUAGAGGGAUGCAGCUUCUUCAAGGCCCAGUUCAGCCCCAACAAGACUCAGUUCAUCCUCCACUGCCUGGGCCCUGGUGUCCCCAAGGUGACCGUUCACAGCACAAAUGAGCCUAACAGGUACGUUGUGCUGGAGGAGAACAGGCCUCUGACUCAGGCUCUGGAGGGAAAGCGGCUCCCUGAGAAGCUGUUCCGGACCAUCUCAUACAUCGACUACGAUCUUCACCUGAAGGUGGCGCUGCCCCGCGGGUAUGAGGGGAACCUCCACCCGCUCCUCAUCAUAGUGGACGGUGCCCCUGGCAGUCAGGCAGUGACGGAGGAGUUUGCGAUAGGCUGGCCCGAGGUUCUGUCCAGCAGCCACGGGGUGGCGCUAGCCUGGGUGGACGGCAGGAGCGGGGUCGCGCGAGGUCAGAAAUCCCCUGCCCUCGAUCCCCGAAAGCUGGGCUCCGUGAUGGUCAAGGACCAGCUGGCUGUAAUAGAGUGGCUGAUGCAAUUGCCUUAUAUAGACCACAGACGGAUCGCUCUGUAUGGGAAGGCAUUUGGUGGCUAUUUAACCCUGAAGAUGCUGGCAGCAACAGACAGGCUGUUCAAGUGUGCGGCCGUGAUGGCUCCCAUAACAGACUUCCGGCUUUACAGUGCUGCCUUCUCUGAGAGGUUCCUAGGUGUUCCUGCCAAGGAAGAGAGCUUCUAUACGGCAGCCUCCGUACUAGAAGAAGUCCGGAAGCUGAAGGAUAAGCACUUCCUUUUACUGCACGGGACCGCUGACACACGAGUUCACUUCCAGCACAGCGCUGAGCUCCUCAGCCGCCUGGUCAAGGUGGAGGCCAACUACUCCCUCCAGCUGUACCCUGACGAGGGCCACAGCCUGAGAGACAACCGCAGCAGGCAGCACUUCCAGCGCACCCUCUGCCACUUCUACCAGUCCUGCCUGGAGUACGUCCCCUACGGAAAAUCACCCGACCCGGACGACGACUACUGAGUGUCAAUGUGUCCAGCUGGGAGGAGGACAGGAUCCACCGCUCUCAGACACUGCCCUGGAUCAGACUGCGCCUCCGCUCCCUGCACAGAGCUGCAGGAUGGGGGGCACGGCAGGGCACCAAUUCGUCCCCCACGGUGCCCCUCUGGACCCUUGGAAAGCUGAUGUUGAGCAUUUGUCACCUUUUAUUUUUCUGUAUCUGUCUGUUUGUGGCUGUGUGGAGCCACCCUUACAAAAAUGUCCUAGGCCCAGCCAGUUUACUUUAGGAGUAUGCAGUAUUUACCCAGAUGGAUUUUCUAGGGGCUUGUAGGACAUAGUUGUGAGGGCAGUCCGUAAGGUGGUAGACAUCCUCCUCAGCUUUCUUUCCUUGGUCCUUCUCUCUUCCAUGAAUUGUGAGAUUUAACGUAGAGUACAUGACUGACAGCCAGUGCUGAAGCUGCAAGUGGACAUUUGGGAACAUGCCUGAAUCUUGCUGAGUGUUAUCCGGAGGAUUCUUGUCAGAUUGUUUCAGAUUGUCAGAUUGCCUGGAUACUUCGCUUGCACCAAUUCAGAGGAACAGAGUUACCCUUAGGAAUGCCGGGAGAUGUGUUUUUGGGCAGAUUCAACUUGAUGCGCAUAAUGAAUUGUUCAAUUUUUUUAUUUUUUUUAUUUUGCUGAGUAUGCUAUUCUUUCAUUUGCUAUUUAUUACAAAUUUGUGGCACAUGACAUUUUCUCAUUGAAAAUUUAAUGUCCUUCAUGCUUACAAGGCAUUGCAUUCCCAUCUUCUCCCUUGAGCAAUGAAACACACAACUUUUCCUCCAGAUUUCUCAAUGUAACACCAGUGGAUUAUGAAUGCCCCUGUUUAUAUGGGUCUGCUGCAUGACUGAUUGCCAAUACUCCUGACUGGGCUGUUGUAAAUGGAUUUGUUUUAUUUUCUAAAUGGGUCUACAGAUAACCACAGAUACUAUUAUAUCCCACUGAAAAACAACAGUCCUGUGUAGGGAUCGUGCAAUUUCACAAAAUUGUUAAAUUCACGGGAAGCUGUAAUACAAAGAUACCCAGCAAUAAAAUUACACAUUUGAGCACUACCUAGAAUUUGCAGCUAAAGUCCCCCUUUUCUUUUGUUUUUUUCUUUUCUUACAUGUUCGUUCAUAUUUUAUUGGGUGUAUCUGUUUUCCCUUUGCACCUGCAAGAUGUGAAAACUCAGUAAUAGUAAAAUAUAAUGAAUAUUGAAUAACGUUGCACCUGUUCAAGACUACAUGUUCCAGAAUGCACUCGACUGUAGUUUCGCACACUCCCCUCCCAGCCUGCCGAGUCCCCA